CGGCGACCACGGUCUCUCCGUUCGGACGGUCGUUGGAGAAACUAAAAUGUGAAUGGUCGGGGUUCUAUAGCCAUGACUGCCUCGCCCAUGACGGUGGCCCGGCUCGCGGUAUGUUGGCAGUCGAGUUCGAGCACUUGCUUCACAGCAGCCGGGAAGGGAAGGAAGCCGUGCAACUGAACCUGAAGCUGCCGCAUCCUCAGGAACCCCAGGCUGCUGCUGCUGCCACCGCCGGUUUCCCUCAUACCAGCAACAGCAGCGCCCUGUUUCAGCGCGUCACCUACCGGCAGCUGCUGUCGUACAAUGCCGACUCGCUGCUUGCCGUACGGCACUGGGGUCAGCCGCUGUGGCUGGACCGGCUGGUGAAGGUGGUGGAGCUGCCCCAGAAGCAUGAGGCGCUGUGGCAGGAGUGGAGGAAGAGGUGUCGAGCUUUGCACUACUACGACCUGUCUCCAGAGCAACGUCUAGAAUGGGAUUAACCACUGUUGUACUGCAAACGAAUUUCAAGUACGGUAAUGUGCGACCUAGCCAAUACACUGAGGCCAGUGUACGUGCGGCCCGAGGAAGGUCUACGGGCCUAAUGAGCAUGCGGGCGUGAUGGAACGUGUAAUGUGCUUUGGUAGUGAUUUGGCUUACAAUCGAUGUGAUGCCAAGCAAAUAAAGCCGGUGCAAUGGAUAGAGAAGUGCGAGACCUUAACACGCGGGCGUUCGUGGUGGGCUGAACCAACCGAUGAACCACAGAAUUGACACCGACCCGCCCGCCCCUUGUUCGUGCGAGCGUAAUGUGACACUUGAUGUGCGGAUUGCUGUGUGGUGCAUGCAUCUACCAAAUAAUACCAAAUGAAAAUUGAACCUGCUGUACGUCAGUACGUCAGCAGCAGUGGUGGCCCAGAGCACAAGGUUGUGGGUGGUGUGAGUGAUGGUGGGGUAAGGCAUGCCGCCGUGAUGCCAAGGGAUUCCUUACAUCCCUGGCAGCGUGCUUUGCUUCUGUACCUUCGGCGGUUGCAUCCGGUGUUUGGUCCCCUAUCGUUGUUGACAGCGACCAGUAGGGGGGCUUGGUUGGGUGUGGAUGGUUUGCCUGAGGAUAUACGUCGGGUUGUGACUUCUAUUGCGAUUUUACCGCCAGUUACUGACAUAGGGUCGGAUCCUUUGGUACCGGGUAGCUGGUGUUGGGGUGUUCCGUUGUGGGGUAACCCUUUCUUGCCGGUUGGGCUGCCGGGCCAACCUGGUGUGUUGGGUUUGGAACACCACUACCAUAUCCGGUGCUCGUUCAUUGCCAUGCCCUUCGUACUUUGGGUAUGUGUGUGGCUGCCCUGGCUCAACUUCGUUGUUUCGAGGACACGUGGGAUUCAUCGUUGUUGAACGGUGUGUCGGGCAAUUUCUGUCCGUUAUUGCGGUUUCCGCUUUUCCUGAGGUGUUCCCGUGAGCAGUCUAGCUGUCAGGUUUGGGCCUCGCUUGUGGCUUGUACGGAAUGUAGGCAGUUGAGAUGGUGCGGCGGGUGAUGCGAUGUUGCAAUCACACUUUUGUUUGACUAGGUCCAUGCGUUUGUUCCCAAAGGAGUCGGAUCAUGCAUGUAUGGCUGUAGUACAUACGGUUGAGUACUACAAAUCACGGGGAAGACUUCCCACCAACAAUGGCAGAUGCGCGUGCUUGGGAAGGUUUUCAGGAAGCCCUCUGACCCCCGUAUGGAUGUGUGAAGGCUAUCGGUUACCUGCUGGGGCUCGGAAUGCCACUAGGCACUGAAAGACAGCUUCAAU